AGAAUAUUCUUAUAAUUUCUUAUUUUUUCAUUUCAGGGAAAUCUGAUGAACCAAAUUGUGACUGUGACCAGUUUCAUUGCGCUAACGGGAAGUGCAUUCCAGAAAGUUGGAAAUGUAAUAAUAUGAAUGAAUGUGGAGACAACUCGGAUGAAGAAAUCUGUGCCAAAGCUAAUCCUCUGACAGCUUCUUCCUUUCAACCUUGUGCUUACAAUCAGUUCCAGUGUCUUUCUCGCUUCACCAAGCUUUACACUUGCCUUCCAGAAUCUUUAAAAUGUGAUGGUAACAUUGAUUGUCUUGACCUAGGAGACGAAAUAGACUGUGAUGUGCCCACAUGUGGGCAAUGGUUAAGAUACUUUUAUGGUACUUUCAGUUCUCCCAACUAUCCUGACUUCUAUCCACCUGGAAGCAACUGCACCUGGCUGAUAGACACUGGUGACCAUCGCAAAGUAAUUUUGCGAUUCACUGAUUUUAAACUUGAUGGUACAGGUUAUGGAGACUAUGUCAAGAUAUAUGAUGGAUUAGAGGAGAAUCCACGGAGGCUGUUGCGUGUGCUAACGGCAUUUGACUCUCACGCUCCCCUCACAGUUGUUUCAUCCUCAGGACAGAUAAGAGUGCAUUUUUGUGCUGACAAAGUGAAUGCUGCAAGAGGAUUCAAUGCCACCUAUCAAGUAGAUGGUUUCUGUUUGCCCUGGGAAAUCCCAUGUGGUGGAAAUUGGGGUUGCUACACAGAGCAGCAACGCUGCGAUGGCUACUGGCACUGUCCAAAUGGAAGGGAUGAAACCAACUGCACCAUGUGCCAAAAAGAUGAAUUUCCCUGCUCUCGAAAUGGUGUUUGCUACCCUCGUUCAGAUCGCUGCAAUUAUCAGAAUCAUUGCCCUAAUGGUUCAGAUGAAAAAAAUUGUUUCUUCUGUCAGCCAGGAAAUUUUCAUUGCAAAAAUAACCGCUGUGUGUUUGAGAGCUGGGUUUGUGAUUCUCAAGAUGACUGUGGUGAUGGCAGUGAUGAAGAGAAUUGCCCAGUCAUUGUGCCCACUAGAGUAAUAACUGCAGCUGUCAUUGGGAGUCUUAUUUGUGGAUUGCUGCUUGUCAUUGCACUGGGAUGCACUUGUAAAUUGUACUCACUCAGGAUGUUUGAGCGGAGAUCAUUUGAAACUCAUUUGUCAAGGGUUGAGGCUGAACUGUUAAGAAGAGAAGCUCCUCCAUCCUAUGGACAGUUAAUUGCCCAGGGUUUAAUUCCACCAGUUGAAGAUUUUCCUGUUUGUUCACCAAAUCAG